AUGGAUUUUCCCUGUGUGCUCUUUAUUUUCACUUCUAUUUCCCAACUUCUCGGUAUGUGGUGGCAAAGGACGACUAGUACUUUUUAUCACACAUUCACCAUGCUCCGUCUCAACAUGGACCGCACAUCACCACUCUUUUGGGUGGGGAGGCGCUUGUUGUCCUCAACUUCGAUGCUUCGUUUUCAACAGAGUGCGGAGGAGCGCGCUAGGGAGGAGGAGCUCCGUCAAAAGGUCCAACAGAGGUAUCGUGGAAUGCAGAUCCCUGAAAGCCUCAGUCAUGAAUAUGGACACUUCUCGACAAUGGGCAUAAGCGCAAGUGCCACUCAGCAGGCUGCGAGUAACGCUGGAGUGGAUGGGUAUCAGAGCUUUGGUGGCACUCCUUUCCAGAAUCGGCGAAGUGUGGACUGGGUAAUACUGUUGACUGGUUGCACCUUGAUGUAUUUCUCCGGCAAGAUCCUCUUUCGUCAGCUCACACGUGGUGUAAAUGGACUAGAGAUGCCUCUUUGGACGGCGAGUGUAGAGCUACAGGCGAAACACAUUCUGUUUGCUGUACAGUUUCAACAAAGUGAACAAGACCAGAUGAAGAAGGACUUUGAGGAGGUUCGUCAGAUCAACCCUUUUGUGGAGUUUUUCGAGUGGGUGCGGUCGCGCAGACCUGAGUUCUGUUCUGGAAGAAAGUAUGGUGCAGAUUAUGUGAUUCAUACACUUGUCUCCUCUUUGAGUAGCAGCGACGGGGCUCAGCUGGCCACUGUAGCUCGUACACUGCAGCAGUCGAUGGCACAGAAAAACAGUGACUCUCUUCAGCGAGUGGACAACUUUGUAGAACAACUGCGGAGCGUCGGAUACCUUUUCCAGGGUAUCCGCGGCAUGGGCUCGCCUAGCGUGUACACCACUGAUUAUCCACCUCGACAGGUAUAUACCCCUCACUGUGAGGUUGGGCAGUGUGGAGAGCAGGAAUCUGAUCUUACUAGAGCGCUGGACGUGAAGAACGGCGUGGCACACAGCUCUACUCCUUUCGGCUAG